CAGCCUCACUUCUAUAUGCUCCUUUGGUGCCUGAUUGGACUGUCUCAUGUUCAUCUCGUCCUCUCAGCUGCUAUCCCGCUCAGUGCUAGCACUGGGCAGGGCGAAGUCGGCUGGCGCCGUGUCUCGGAAAGUCCGCUUGUAUUGGUGCACGAGAAGUUCUUCUCGAAGGAGGAGUGUGAAGAGCUCAUGCAGAUAGCACUGGAGAGUGGGCGCAUGCAGGAGGCGCUGGUCUAUUCAGGGCAUCGCAAGGAUGCCUUUCAGCGAGAUGAUCAGGUGCGCAGCAAUAGCCACAUGUAUGUGGAACGAGAGGAUGAGCUGAAGUCGUCCCUUUUGCAGAGGGUGAUAGCUCGCAUGCACCAUGCAGCCAAGAUUCCUGAGAGGCUGGGGGAGAAGCUCCAGAUUGCCAGAUAUCAGGAAGGAGAAAGAUAUGAAAUGCAUCAUGACUCUGGACCAGAAGUUGGUCGAGCGCGACCUGCUACGCUGCUCGUAUACUUGAAUGAUGUGGAGAAAGGUGGCGAAACCGUUUUUCCUUUGACUCGUGAGGUGCUUUUGCAGUGUCGACCCAUCCAUCACCAGGGCGACCAAGUGCGUUAUGGAGUUGAUCAUUGCUGCCAUGUGCAACCACCAGAACUGUUGACCAUUCAAGCCCGUCAAGGCGAUGCAUUGAUUAACCUGAGUGGCCUCUAUUGUUGGACCACCAACCACUCCAAAUUUGGUCUACUCUUCCCACCCAAAAACAGAUCAAAUGAAUUCUAGCUGUUUAUGCACACGCCUUGCAAACUCGCCUGGGGCCAUUCUUGACUAGGACGAGCUGUGCUAUUCUUCAAUCAUUUGGAUGGCAAGAAGGACGCACGGGCAGUGCAUGCGUCUUGCCCCGUGCUUGCUGGCCAGAAAUGGGUGGCACAACGAUGGUUUCAAUUUGAGAAGACUGAUUUGUAGAACUAUUGAGUGGGACAUCAUAGAUAAAUAAUAUAUACAUACAUGAAGGCACUGGUCACCGCUCGGCAUUCAGAACAAAACCCUUCCAUCAAGGCACUGGCGAGAGACUCUAUCACCGAUGCACUUUCGUUCAAGCAACACGGCAUUCUGUAGUGCAGGUUGGCU